AGAUAGAGGGAGUCGGAGAGGGGAGGGGGAGUAGAGGAAGAGGCAGAGUGGAGAAGGAGGGGAGAUCUAUCCAGUAAGGCAGAAGUUUCAGCUCUGCGCUUCACACACAGCCUGGACGGAGGACAGAAACUGCACUAACAGGAAGAUGCUGCUGCCUGCGAGCGUGCUGAUUGGCCUGCUGUGCCUGGGCCACGCCGGCGGCGCCUGGGCUUUCGCCCGUUUGCUGGACAAUGCAGAGCUCCGAUCGGCCUUCUCGGUGUCGCGCACCAGCAGCAUGGAGGGGGGGCCGAAAAUGACCGUGACCUUUGACACCGUCUACGUCAACAUCGGUGGGGAUUUUGACGCCAAGGCCGGAUUGUUCCGCUGCCGCAUCCCCGGGGCCUACUACUUCUCCUUCACGGUGGGGAAGUUCCCCCACAAAGACCUUUCUGUGAUGCUGAUGAAGAACAGGAACGAGGUGCAGGCCAUCGUGUACGAGGAGAACGCCGGCGAGGAGAGGAAGGUGCAGAGUCAGAGCGUCAUGCUGCAGCUGGAGUUUGGCGACACCGUCUGGCUCCGUCUUCACGGCGACCCCCGCUACGCCCUCUACAGCAACACCGGCCACUACACCACCUUCAACGGCUACCUCAUCUACCCCGACACCUACAGCUACCAGACCCACCACCUGCAGCAGCACCGCCCCACGCACAACCCGCAGCAGGGCGACCUCCGCCUGCAGGACACCGAGCGCGGCAGGCCCCGGCCGGCAGACACGCAGGAGGAGGAGGAGGAGGAGUACGACGAUGAAGAGGACGACGGGAGAUCCGCCUUCUCCGUGGGCCGCACCCAAAGCAUUCUGGGGGUCAGCCAGGUGGGCGUGCUGCAGCACCGGCCAAUCAGCUUCGACACGGCGUUCGUCAACAUCGGAGAGGACUUCAACGUGACGCAGGGCGUGUUCACCUGCCGCGUCCCGGGGGCGUACUACUUCUCCUUCAACGUGGGCAAGCUGCCCCAGAAGACGCUGUCCGUGAAGCUGAUGAAGAACCGGCUGGAGGUGCAGGCGAUGAUCUACGACGACAGCCAGGGGGAGAAGGCCCUGCAGAGUCAGAGUCUGAUGCUGGCGCUGAAGCCGGGGGACACAGUCUGGCUCUACUCCCACCAGAGGGACGGCUUCGGAGCCUACAGCAACCACGCCAAGUACAUCACCUUCACCGGCUUCCUGGUUUACCCGGACAUCCCCCCGAGCGCCCCCACCGCCGCCGCCACCAGCCAAUCAUACGCCGCCAAGAGGCCCUAACUACGGCUGAGCGGCUAAUGACUGAGCGUCCGGGGCGGGAACCGUGUAAAGUCUGCAGAGGGAGUCAGGAAGUGUUUGAGUCACGACGGCUUUGUGGCUGAUUUCCUCCUCAGUCACAGGACUUUUUGGACUCAGAACAGCACCGCAGAGAAAAUCUCUUUAGUUCAUAGCGGACGGCUUCCCGGGUCAGGCCUCCAUCUCACUUCAAAGGCCAAUAUUUCACUCUGCGAUGAAAAUUCAGACGUCGCCCUCAAACGUCUUUGAAGGUCUUUCAGCCAGAGUCAUAUGAG